UCAGAAAGACAAAAGGUUACAUAACUCUGUGGUCAGAUGACUAGCCGCAACUAAAACUUCUCCAGCAAACUGAAAGCUCUAGAAUCAGAAGCCAGAGGAGCCAUGGAGAUGCAGAAGAUCACCAAUGAGGGGGAAACAAACGAGGAAGGUGAAGGAGCAAGUGAAGCGAUGCUGGAGGUCAAAACUGAAGAGGAAGCAGAACCUGACCACUACAGCAGACUACAAAGUCCAUUUGAGGAUGUCUAUUCCGAGGCUCUUUGCAGUGGCGAUCCCCUUAAAACAAACGCAGGGAAACAGACAAAAGGAAAUGCACGUCUGUACCGUGCUGGGUGUUUGUUCCUCACCAUAAUCUGCCUGGUCCUGCUGCUGGUCGUUAUCAUACUCAGUAUGAAACUCCAAACUGGCUCCACAAUCUGUCCAGGGAGGAAUGAAGCAGUAGAGAGGCGUCCUUCUGAUUCAACAUGCAGCCACGAGGAGUGCCAGGCUCUCUUUCCCAAGAUGCAACCCAAACUUUCAGACUGUAAGCAGUGUGCUAAUGGCUGGCUACGUUUUGGCCAGUCGUGUUUCUACCUGUCCAGCUUCAGGCUGAGCUGGGAUGAGAGCCAGAGGAACUGCAGCUCCAGAGGAGGAUCUCUGGCUGUUGUUACCAGCAGGAAACUUCAGAAUUUUCUGACUAAAGAGGGGCAAAUGAGUUACUGGAUCGGGCUGAGACACAGAGGAGACAAGUGGACCUGGGUCAACGACAAUGUGCUGACUGAGAGUUAUUGGGCAGAUGGUAAGUCAGCGGGGGAUUGUGGGAUCCUGACCAGUGAUAAACCACCAGAGAAUAACUGGGGGAAGGUCUCCUGUGAGGAUUACACCUACUUCAUCUGCCAGAUGUAGCUCUGACUGCUUCUGUCUGUCUUUACGAAUUAAUGAGAAAAAACCCAUUUCCUGUCAACAAGCAGCAAAUAGUCCAUAACAUUUCAAAUCAUGUCUUUUUCAAUCAACACUUCAAAUGAGUUAUAACCAGCAAAGAUAGAUUGUAGUAUUAUAGUUUUAUAUUCAACGCUUGAAAAGAGAUAGUCAGUUUAUUUUAUAUAUAACUUUUUGUAGCAUUGUCUUGCCUCUACUCUAUGAUUUAAUGAUCUGCUGUUUUUUUCAAACAAAAGCCAUUAACUUUGUUUCAACAAGGUUUUAUUAUCAUAUAAAAAUGCAACUACAUCAUAA